CUGUUGAUACGGUCUAAUAAGGUCAUUUGGUAACCAAACGGUGACUGUGUGAGAUUUCAGGUAAAGCUCUGCGGUGCUCGUGUUUUUAUUCAUUCCCGCUGUCUAUCUGUCGCCGUUUGCCGGGAAAUAUGUGAAGCUACGUCGACCCUUCGUCAGCAGUGGUGCGGUCCUCCUCGCAGGGUGGGGGAGCCGUAUGGGAGAACAGCACAGAUUCCGUCCACGGCGAAGCAGGGAAUGGGAAACGGGCGAGAAACAUGACUCAAAUCGCCCCUGCGAAGGGUUCCAGCUCGAGGGACUAAAGUAGUUUCCUCCAGUUUGGAUAUACAAACACAUAGGAGGACGUUAAGUGCGAGAAGAUAGCGGGGAAUGACGGAGAAGAGGCCGUCAGGAGGCGUGUGACAGUCAGCUCAGGAACUUCGGAUGUGUUUCUUUUGUUUACUUUGAGGCAUCUCUGGUUUCUUCUUCUGUGCCAGUUGUGAGUGAAUUUACCUGAGUGGGAUUACUACAGAGGCUGACUCGCUCGUGGAUUGUCUGAUGUUUCUGUGAGCCGGAGUUCUGCGAGAUCAGCGCCGGCUGACGGGGGGUCGCCCUCGGCAUGUGCCCGGCCCGGCCCGGGCUCUGGAACUAACGUCCGGCUCUGUUGGCUCCCACGUUCAUCCCCGGGGGGACGGGUGCAGUGCCCAGUCUGUUUGCUCCCGUAGGCACGUGACAGCAGGGGAUCUGAGUAGUAUCAACAAGUGGCUUUGGAUUGGUCUGUUUAGGUUUGUGUACCGUUUCUCAGCUAAAGUACUGUUUUACACGGGCACCGAGCAGCCCCACUCUGCGUGAGACCGAGGGACGGGACGCUUCCCCGGGCUGGGAGCUGCGGCAGGGCAGCUUCUGGUAAAGUACCAGCGCAGGGCUGGUUAACUUGAGAUAACAUUACCCCGCUCUGUCCAGCAACCAGUCCCCCAGAACGCCACAGUAAUUGGAGCUAUUUUUAGUGAGAGGGAUGGGGUAAAAGCAGGCAGCUGGAAACCUGACUCCCCUUCACCUUUUCUCUUCCUCCCCUCAGCUACUGCACCUCUGACUCAACCCACUCGGCAGAAUGCCGGGCAAGCUUGGUUAACACUCUUAGAACUCAUUCGGAGCAAAUUAGGGUGUCUUAAGCUUAAGCGGAAAACAAAUGACCCUCACAUUUGGUUGAAAAACUCUGGACCCGACAUCCACUAUGUAGCUGGAACCCGAGACACUCUGUGGUCUUUGGUGAAGGCUGCAUUCAAUACACAAUCCCUGUUCUCAUCACGACAAAAAGAUGGUUCAAAGAUUAGCUGUGUGAGCUUUGUUUAUGCUGCCAUGGACACAGUAAACAUAUCAGAAGCAAGUGGAUUCUUUGUGUUUAUCCCUUAAGAGACUGUUGUCUGAGUAGACCCAGAUUAGGAGAGAGGCUUCUUGUGAUUACCUGAGAAACCCCCCGCCGGCGAUCUGGAACCUCCAGCCACACACAAAAUGCAUGAAACUGCCUAGUCCAACACAACAAAAAGCUAACCUGACAAACCAAAUAUUCUAUUUUCCUUCUAUCCCCAUAUUCCCAGAGAAACAGAUUAUAUAUGUAGAGUGAGAGAUCUAUAUCUAUAGUGUAAUUCCACAUAAACAGAGUUUGCCUCCUUUAUAUUUUUACUUCAGAGAGACAAGCUGCCUGUACACCAGUUGGUUGCCUUAGAAACCCGUCACAACAGAACAGAUAACAAACAAAGCCAGAGAAGAAGGUGCCUUUUGAUUGUUUGCUCACUUUCCCACCAUUUCAAGCUCCAUUUCUUUAGUUGGAUGUAAACUGUUGAUGUGAACUCUGGGAUUGCAAACACUCCAAUGACAGUUACCUGAGCCCCUUUUGAGCCCUGCUGACGUUUCAGAGCUUUGCGUUUGCCUGUCAUUUCCCUGCUGGACUGAACACUUGCCAAGCUUUUCCAUGGUUGUGACAUCAUCAUCCGUGGAUGACAAGACUGUACCCCCCAGCAGGAUGGUCCAGUCAGAGCCUUGGAUCACCUCAACCCUGCUUCGCAAGAACAAGAGUGGAAGCAGCUCAGGAUGUCCGCCCACCUCCUCCUCCUCCUCCUCCUCCUCCUCCUCCUCCCCCACUGCCCAGGGCUUCUCCCUCGCUGAGCCAGCCAUGACCAGCCAGCACACACAUACACACCCCUCCUUCAGCUCCAUCCACUCCAUGGCCGAGCAGCAGCAGGUGCUGUCUGAUAUGACCAUACUGCAGCGGAGGAUCCCCCCGAGUUUCAGAGACCCUGCCAGCGCCCCACUGAGGAAACUCUCUGUCGACCUCAUCAAAACUUACAAGCACAUCAAUGAGGUGUACUAUACCAAGAAGAAGCGGAGGGCCCAGCAGGUCCCUCCUGAGGAUAGCAGCACGAAGAAGGAACGAAAAGUUUACAACGAUGGCUACGACGAUGACAACUACGAUUACAUUGUGAAAAAUGGAGAAAAGUGGCUGGACCGCUAUGAGAUAGACUCACUGAUCGGGAAGGGCUCCUUUGGACAGGUGGUGAAGGCCUACGACCACCAUGAGCAGGAGUGGGUUGCCAUCAAGAUCAUAAAGAACAAAAAGGCUUUUUUAAACCAGGCACAGAUUGAACUACGCCUGCUGGAGCUCAUGAACAAGCAUGACACUGAGAUGAAAUAUUAUAUAGUCCACCUGAAGCGUCACUUUAUGUUUAGGAACCAUCUCUGUUUGGUGUUUGAGUUACUGAGCUACAACCUAUAUGAUCUGCUGAGGAACACCAACUUCAGAGGAGUUUCUCUCAACCUCACCAGGAAAUUUGCACAGCAGCUCUGUACAGCAUUAUUAUUCCUGGCCACUCCAGAGCUGUCAAUCAUCCACUGCGACCUGAAACCAGAGAACAUUCUGCUGUGUAACCCCAAAAGAUCUGCCAUCAAGAUUGUGGACUUUGGGUCGUCCUGCCAGCUCGGACAGAGGAUCUACCAGUACAUACAGAGCAGGUUCUACCGCUCCCCUGAGGUCCUCCUGGGAAUGCCGUAUGACCUGGCUAUCGACAUGUGGUCUCUGGGGUGCAUCCUGGUGGAGAUGCACACAGGGGAGCCCCUUUUCAGUGGCUCCAACGAGGUUGACCAGAUGAAUAAGAUUGUGGAGGUUCUGGGGGUUCCACCCAGCCACAUGCUGGACGCAGCACCUAAAGCCAGAAAGUAUUUUGACAAGCUGUCGGAUGGUCUGUGGACAGUAAAGAAGAACAAGGAUGUUAAGAAGGAGUACAAGCCCCCAGCUACACGACGUCUUCACGAGAUCCUGGGAGUAGAGACCGGAGGCCCCGGGGGCCGGAGGGCAGGGGAGCCGGGGCACGCCCCCUGUGACUACCUGAAGUUCAAAGACCUGAUCCUGCGCAUGCUGGACUAUGACCCCAAGAGCCGAAUCACGCCAUUCUAUGCCCUGCAGCACAACUUCUUCAAGAAGACGACAGAUGAAGGAACCAACACCAGUUCAUCUACAUCCACCUCUCCUGCCAUGGACCACUCCCAUUCAACCUCCACAACUAGCUCUGUUUCUAGCUCUGGUGGCUCCAGUGGUUCUUCCAACGACAACCGUAACUACCGUUACAGUAACCGCUACUACAACUCUGCUGUCACCCACUCAGACUAUGAGAUGACCAGUCCUCAGGCUCCCUCCCAGCAGCAGAUGAGGAUGUGGCCCGGCAGUGAUGGUGGAGGUGGGGGUCAGGACCCAGCAUACACCCAGUUGCUGCUCCAUAAGCCAGCUGCCACCCAACAACACCAGCGCCACUUUUUGGACCCACCCCACCACCCCCACCCCACCUACUCUCACCACGGGAACGGUGGGCGUGGCCUGAGGCAGGGCGGACAGACGGGCGUGGGUGGAGGCGGGGGUCAGCAGGGAUCCUCGCCCCAGAUGAGUGACAGCAUGGAUGUGGGCGUGUCCCUCGGGCUGCACCACCUGGGGGCGGUGUCUUCCAUGGAGGCCUCUCAGUUCGGCUCUGCGUCUCUGCCCCUGGCUCUGCCAAUAGGACUGUCUGCCUUCCGGACUCGGACGGCCCCCACCGCACCAGGGCCUCAAGCCCCGCCCCCUGAGGACUACUACCCUGCCUCCAACAACAAUAACCCUGCUGCGGGGGGCAGAGGGAGGCCAGACUCUGACGAGGGGCCAGCCAACUCUUGAUAAAACCUGAACCAUGCCCUAAAGCCAUACGAUUUUAACUACGACUACAGUGAACCACAUACAGCCAGAGUUCAGAGACUAGGAGGGAUUUUGUGCUGGAGGAGACGGUUUGUUCUGCAUGAGAGGAGGAGGAAGAAGGAGGAGGAUACUGGGAAACUUUCCUUUUCUCCUGUUUUAGUUUGUGCUUGUUGUUGCAACUGUAAUUGGAAAGGAGUGAUUGACAAGUUUGUUUCAUUAAUAUUGUUGAUUAAUAUUGUUUGAUUUUUCUCGGGUUUGAGGAGUUGCGUGUUCUGUUUGUUGUUUACGUGUGGAGGGGAAGAGGAGGCUGAAGAGACAUGUGUUGGUUGAACACGCUGUGGCCGUAUGUGGAGGCCGAGCACACACAGGUGCUGGCCGGUAGUGAGGUCAUACCUCUCCAUCCCCUGGAGGCCGGCGCUCACGCACACACAGCACACGCUUCCCUCCCAGAGACGUGUGUGUCUGCUGCCAGCCCCCGACUGAGCACAGGUGCAUCAUGUAGUGUGAGUGAGUGAGUGAGUGAGUGUGUGUGUGUGAGUGUGUGUGCGUGCGUGCGUGCGUGCGUGCGCGCUGCGUCAGGACAGAAGCGGCUGGACAGCGAGGGAACGCCCACACACCUGAUGGAGGACUCUGUGUGGACGCUGACCCCUGUGGCUCUGCUGGGCCGGACUGAGGGCAGGAGGAGGUGACAGGACAGUGAUGAUGAUGA